UACUUAUUUAUUACACGACACAGGAUGUUAGUGGUCACUGGCAGCUGUAUAAAAUGGGUUCCUUUGCCUCUUCAAAACCUAACACGUCCACGAGGUCCAGCAAAGAACAUCAACUACCAGAGACCAGUUUUCAGCAAGUCCACCAUGGCCAUCAUAUUCCUAGCAUUGCUGAUGUCAAUGGUGUCAAUGGUGUCAACGGUGCCAAUCUCUGAUGCACAGGCCAUUGACAUCUACGAGGCGAUACAAGAGUUGAAUCGCACUGUUGCAAGCCUUCAACAAAGGUAUUACUUUAUGGCAACUUUCAACGAACAAACAGUUCUUGCAGCAGGAGUUGCCAAGUUUGACAAGGUACUGUCGGAUGAGCUCGGCCUGUAUGAUGAAGGGUCAGGGAAGUUCACUGCUCCUCGCUCGGGUCUGUACCUCCUUACUGCUCAGAUUUUGAUCAAGGGAACUGGUCAUGCCAGCCUGGAAUUGCAGUUAAAUUCAAACUUACUUGCCGUGUGGAACAUUGGCUCCGGCAAGGACCUCAGUGGCCAGAUUGUGUACCCGGUCUUACUCAAGAAGGACGAUACCGUUCAAGUGGUGUCCCGGGGCAAAGUUAGUAUCUAUGGAGAAAACCAUUCUUUCUUCUCGGCCUAUCUGAUUAAAUAAGGAUGUCAGAGGUGGUCAGUGUCACUCUGAAUAUUUCUAUAGCACAGGUAGCAUCUGAUUAACCCUCAAACACCUUGUUCUGAAGCCAUUGUACAACCUAUAAAGUUGAUAUGAACUGAAAACUAGUUAAAUAUGUUUUCUUAUCCUGUAAUAGUUUUAUGAAUAAAAUUGUCUGUAAGAGCACUGUUACUUUUCCAGUAUAGCCUAGUGAAAUGAAAAUAAAGAUAUAUUUCAAGAUGAUGUGAAAGCACGAGGUAUCUUGAUAAUUUUCAUGAGAAAAGAACACAAAGAGGAAAGCAUUAAGUGAACGAGAAAAAAAUUUGCACGAAUUACAUGAGCUUUGAUGCCAAAGUAACUGGUAUACUAGAAUGAUCAGUUAAUUAUUAACAACAUUGUAUUAUAUAAUAUCUGACUUACGACAAGCUGCUUCCUCAUAUUAGUUAACUUUGUGAUUCAAACUAACUGCCACAUGUCGCACAACAGUUUCUGGAAUUGGAACGUAUCAUUGUGCUCAAAAAAUAUGUGUCAAAACAUUGACUUUGGACCUUGGAAGACAUAAAGGAACAAAAAAUAACUGGCAUAUUGGAGAAUGUGAACAGUAGCAUGUAAUUGUGAAACUAUUUCUGUGAACUGAUAGAAAUAAAAAAGCCAGAGACGCAAGA